GUACUGUAGCUAUUACGCCGGGCUCUUGAAUUUAAUUGCGUCUAUCUGCUCUGGUCGUACGGACAGUAGAGGGAAUCGCGUUUCCUUAAAAGCUUUUCCUCAUCCCCUUAGCAACACACACUUGCCGGCGCGUGGAUACUAAUUGGACCCUAACGUGAGGGUUUCUCUGUCCAGGUGCAACAUGCUGGUUAACCACAGCCUGAGCAAUAACACUCAGUGCCCAUCCAUUGACGACUUCCGAAAUCAGGUCUACUCCACGGUCUAUUCCAUCAUCACCGUCUUCGGCUUCGUGGGGAAUGGCUUUGCCCUCUUCGUGCUCAUCAGGACCUUCCGCCAGAGGUCGGCCUUCCACAUCUACAUGCUGAACCUGGCGGUGUCAGACCUGCUGUGCGUCAGCACCUUGCCCCUGCGCGUCAUCUACUACGUCAACAAGGGCCAGUGGAACUACGGGGACUUCCUGUGCCGCAUCAGCUCCUACGCCCUGUACGUCAACCUCUACUGCAGCAUCUUCUUCAUGAUGGCCAUGAGCUGCACGCGCUUCAUUGCCAUCGUCUUCCCCGUGCAGAACCUCAAGCUGGUCAACGAGCGCAAGGCGAAGAUCGUGUGCGUGUGCAUCUGGGUCUUCAUCUGCGCCACCAGCUCGCCCUUCCUGAUCACAGGGAUCCACAUCGACCCCCUCACCAACAAGACCAAGUGCUUCGAGCCGCCGGAGAAGCGGAAGAGCAUUUCGAAGCUCAUCAUCCUCAACUACUUUUCCCUGGUGGUAGGGUUCGCGGUCCCCUUCCUGGUCAUCCUGAUCUGCUACAUCGGCAUCAUCCGGACGCUGCUGACGGGCUCCAGCAGCAUGAAGAAGCAGAAGAGCACGCGCACCAAGGCCAUCCGCAUGAUCGUCAUCGUCAUGCUGGCCUUCCUGAUCAGCUUCAUGCCCUACCACAUCCAGCGCACCGUGCACCUCGACUUCAUGAGCAAGCCGGACCGCACCUGUGACGACGUGGUCUACAUGCAGAAGUCCGUGGUCAUCACGCUGUGCCUGGCCGCCGCCAACUCCUGCUUCGACCCCAUGCUCUACUUCUUCUCCGGAGAGAACUUCCGCCGGCGCCUCUCCACCUUCCGCAAGGCGUCCAUGAGCGUGGGGCCCAACGUGCGCCGGCAGAAGCUGGACGUCAGCAAGAGCCAGCAGGACGAGGACGAGGCGCUGCAAGGCCCCAGCGACGACUAGGAGCCCGCCUGGCGUGCAGAGGGGGGCCCCUCUCUGUCCGGGAUCCUCCGAGAGGAAAAUUGGGAAGUGGAGAUAUGUGGAGGUUGCUUUCUCUCGGGUGGCUGUUUAAGAGGAGAGGGCUGGGUCUGGUCCGUAGAGAUCUUCUGUUCGCCAGUGCAGAAGGGCACGUGGCCUGACGUUUGGUGUAACCUGCAGCUCCUCGUGGACUGGAAGGGGGUAUAUUAAACAUGCGGGAGGUUUAAAGAGGAACAAUGCUGCGUACAGAGAGUUACUGUCAGAGAGGCUUGUAGUGCAAAGACUAGCUCAGGGUUAAGUGUAAGUUGAGGCCAGGGAAUGAGAAAUAUAACAGGCGUGCAGGGAAGAGUUGGGGAAGCAUGCAGGAUGCGUUUUGGGAAUAAUAGAAUUGUCUGCAAAGAAGGUAAUUGAAUAUCCAGUGGUAAUUAAGUAUUUUUCUUUUGCAGGGCUUAAGGCUACACUUACAGUUAGGACGUUGGGGUGAACGAACAGUCAAGCCACGCUUGAAUAAUGCCAGCUAGUGCAGUCUUUUCAGGCCUUGUGUUACGAACCACCUGGCCGUGCCAUGGUCUGUUAAUGAAGUUUUGCUUUAACCACAGAUGCCAGGUUAUUCAACAAUUUCCUUUAAAAUAUUCCUUUACACUUGAAUGUGUAUGUUUUCCUGUAAAUUUGGUUCAGAUUUUAAAGGUCUGAAAGGACAUAAUUGACUACCAGAUGUACUGUAGGCCGGCUUGCCUGUAGUUUAUUUCCUCUAAAGUUUCUUUUAAUAUAUAUAUAUAUUCUAAUGACAGAGAACUUAAACUUAAAACAGUUGUGGUUUUUAACGCUUUUUUUUUUCUUCUUCUCUAAACCGGGUUUAUUGAAACAUGCUCAUUGCUUUACUUGCUUGGCUUGUGUAAAUACAAAGCACUUCUUGAUGUACUUGAUGCAAGACAAUUCAGAUUUUUUUUCUUUUUCCCUAUGAGAACAUGCAGAUAGUCACUGAUUCUGGCCUACACAGUAUGCAUAUCCGCUCUUCAAAUGUUGCACAUGUGAACAGUAUUAAUGUAAGUAAACCCUAAAAACAGCCCAAACCACACUCUGAAUCUGUGUGUUCUGAUACUAUGGAAUUUUUUUCUUGAUGGUUUGGUUCCCAAAGUUGUUUUUUAAUUUCACAGAAAAAAAAACAACCAUCUUUUCAUCUUGGAGUCUGUAGAAAAAGAACAUCAUGACCAUAUCAAAUAAAAAACCAAGAUAGAUUGGCAAACUGCUCAGAGCCUCCUCCAGUUCUGGGAUUCUCUUCCCUCCGAAAUCCAAAACUGUCUGUGUCUGGCGUCAGAUCUCCCAUCGAGGCAUACUUGUUUAAACUGACAUUCCCACAGAUUUUGUAAUUGUGUGUAAAGUUUUUUAUUGUCUGUUAUAUUUCAAUGUGUUUUAUGUAAGUCAUGAUGUUUUCUAGUUUAUAUUGUACAGUGUUUUGUAAUAUUUUUGGAAAUGGUACUUAAAGACAUAAAGUGUGUUAUUGUUGUUUACCUUAGUACUGGUACUUCUGAGCAAUUGGGUUUUUG